CGUUGUGCAGAAGCGGCCACCCGUACGAGUAGGACCAAGCCUCUCUUUGUGCGUAAAGUUCACGUUGAACCGAUCGAAUCUCGGCUCUGGAGAAGCGAUAUCGGCCGCCUGGACGUUCGAAGGAACCAGUUUGUCGUUCGAGAGAUCGUCGUUGUCACGAGUUGAUCCAACAAAUUCGCGCCGCACGGCUACUCCUACCGUUGCUCUGUUUACAAUACAUUGCCGAUACAUAGAAGCUCGCACAUAAUUACAUGCUCUUGGAGGUCAACACUACAUACAGGAACUGAGAACGCACAAACAUGUCGGAUGACAGCCAGAUCGUCGUUAAACUAGGACCGUUCAUUAAACGCAGCGAUGGCGGCGAAUAUCUGCCGUUGGACUUGGCAAUUUGCGGACGUUCUGUCACGUGGAUCGCGAAGGAACUUAAAAAGUGCGAGAACGACACGUUCGUCUUCAGCUACGAAUUUGCAUCUUACACCGGAAAUCAGGCAGCCGAUGAGUCCCGAAUGAGGACCUCUGCGUGCGUGCUUCCUCUGUUUGCCCCGGAGGUGAGCAGCAGGUUGGAAGGUUUGAGCAUCGAGGAACAGUCGCCGGUGAAACCGGUGGCCGGUGUAUCGCGCGUGGACUUUGCCAAACCCGGGACAUCGAAAGAUGCGAGCGAGAAAGAGCAACAAAGCGAUCAAAAAACCACUACGGAAGAAGAAAAAGAAGAAGAAAAUGUGGAAUCCAAAGAAGAUUAUCCGAAACCGACGUUUCGAAGAUACCUUAAACAUACUGAACCUGUAAGCGCUGUUGCCGUUUACGACGAAUGGAUAUUGGUUGGUUGUCUUGAUGGUUCGUUGCACAUCUGGACGAUUAGAGGAAAGCAUCGUGUUGGAAUUCGUGGUCACAAGAAAGGCAUCGAAGAUGUAGCGUGGCUGUCGAUGAAGAGAGACACUGCUAACUUCGUUAGCACAUCGAGGGACGAAACGGUUGUAAUAUGGUCCUGCAACGUCACGAAGAACACCGUGAUAUCGCGCACGAUCUGUACGCACGACAACAGCGGAUUAGUUGCCAGAUUCGAUAUGCUUAGCGUUAAUUAUGGCGCGAAUUUGGUGGCUGCCGGGGGAUGGGACGCCACGAUAAGAUUUUGGUCGACCGCCAAUCCAGGUCCAAACAAACACAACAAAUAUCCGGUACGGAAAACUAGAGACUGCCUGAAGACGAUAAAAGCUCAUAGAAACCUUAUCACCGGUUUAGUCUGGUCGGACAAAACCGAGAUUAUAUCGUGCUCGUUGGACGAGUCGAUGAAAAUAUGGGAUUACGAGUCGGGCAACGUUAAACAUGUGCUCACCGACCACGAUUGCUUUUACAAGGUCGAUUAUUCGCCGUUGCGUCGUUCCGUGGUAGCGUCCACCCACGACGAAAUUAUAUUGUACGAUCUGAGAAGUACAGCGAGCUCGCGUGUGGGACAAAUAUUCAAUCGUCACAGCGAUCCGGUGAGAAGUUUAAGAUGGUCGACCGUGGAUCGGGAUUUAUUUAUCGUAGCUGGCGAACGAGUGAAACUUUGGGACACCAGAAACCCUAAAACACCAUUGUUCGAGCUACACCAUCACCACGGGGAAGUGUUGUGCUGCGAUUGGUCGAAUCCGAAAUUUCUGGCGUUCGGCGGUCAAGACAAAACCCUGAGAAUAUAUAAAACAACACACGUCUAGCGUUAACGACAAAUCAACGAUAAUUUAUUGAUAAUUAUAUGUAUUUAAUAACACUGUUCAAUAAAUCAAAAGUUCUUUUUUCGGCCUUCUAA